AUGGCCUUGGAAGAGAAGCCCUCAUAUAUUUCCGAGCAUCAGGAACAUGACACCAGCUUCGACGCUACAAGUCAUGUCGAAAAGCACGAGCAUUAUGACGACGAUUCGUCCCAGCAACUGACCUGGGGCUGGAAAAAGAUUAUCGCAACUGCGUCCCUCUGCGGUAUCUGGACAGGCGCUCAGAUUCCGCUCUUCUUCAUCGGAGGAGCCUUGAGCUAUGUCGUUACCGACCUGGGAUCUCCGUCGGUCAGCUCAUGGCUCACCGUCAGCUACACACUUGCAAUCGGUGCUGUAGCUCCUUUCUGCGGUUAUCUGGCAGAUCUGCUUGGACAGCGGAAUGUGGUCCUCUUCGGCGAAGCUCUUGUGCUCAUUGGCCUCAUAAUCGUCGGCACUGCUCAAGGGUUCUCCCAGGCUUGUGGAGGCAUGGGCAUCAUCGGUGGCGGUGCUGCGAUUACAGAACUGACUGCUCUGGCUGGGAUUGCCUCGAUCGUUCCUGUCAAGAAGCGUGGGACUUACCUGGCCAUUUGCACGGCAUUCCUCUUCCCGUUCACGCCAUAUGUUCUUUACGGCCAGCUGAUUGCGACUCGAUCAACUUGGAGAUGGACGAUCUGGCUGUGCUUGAUCUACAACGCCAUCUUCGGCGUUGGCAUUGUCGCCACAUUCUUCCCGGAGAGCAACACGGCCAAGAAGAUUUCCACGCGAGAAGUCUUGCGCAGGAUUGAUUACGUUGGCGCCUUGUUGUCAAUUGGAGGAAUCUCACUUUUCCUUGUUGCCCUUGGAUCCGGUGGCUACACUCACAGUUGGGACAGCGCUUACGUGCUGGCAACGCUUCUGGUCGGAAUCGUACUCAUCCUGGCGUUCGUCGUCUGGGAAUGGAAAGGAGCCAAAUACCCAAUGGUGCCAUCACAGCUGUUUAGCAACAACACUAUCGUCUGGAGGGCCUUCGUUACUGCCUUCAUCGCGGGUAUGAAUCUGUAUUCGCUGUUGAACUUCUUCCCAUUGACCUUUUCGACCGUCUUCAACCCCGAUCCGGUCCAGGUUGGACUAAAAGGUCUUGGCUAUGGUAUUAGCGUUACUGCAGGAGCUGUGACCGUCAACGCUUUGCUGUCCGUACUGAAGGGCCACAAUCGAGAACUGCUCAUCUUCUCCACGGUCGUCAUGACUGCCUUUGGAGGUGCUCUCGCGGCCGUCACUCCCAACACUCCAAGGAUGGCUGUUGCUCUUGGAACGAUAGCUGGCUUCGGUGUUGGAGGAGUGUACAUCCCAGCAGCCACAAUCGCAUUAACAGCGACCCCGGAUGAGCUCCUCGCAACGACAGGAGCACUCUCGCUCUCCGUGCGUACCAUAGGAGGCAGCAUCGGGUAUACCAUUUACUUCAACGUCUUCUCCACAAGACUGGCGAAGAGACUGCCAACAGCACUCGCCGCAGCGGCCGCAGGAGCUGGUCUUCCCACGGAAAGCCUGGAGACUUUCGUCAAGACGUUCGUUGCGUCUCCAGCCAUGGCAGCAGAGAUUCCCGGAGUCACACAGCAAAUCAUUGCUGCUGCGGCUUCAGCAUCCCAGUGGUCCUACGCGUACGCGCUCUCGUACGUCUGGUACGUGUCGAUUGCUUUUGGAGUACUGUCGGUGGUCGCCAGCAUCUUCCUCGGGAAUGUUACAAAGUACAUGACGAAUCGCAUUGCGGCUCAGAUCAAGUAA